AUGUGUUCUGGCUGCCGCAGACUCGGCUUCGCGGAACCCUCGCCACUGCCAGACCCAGAAGACAACCGGGUGGACGAGGAGCAGCCGCAGCCGCAGCCACAACACUUUGACAGGCCGGCGGCUCGAAAGAAGCUCCAACCGAAGCCCAAGACCAUCCAUCACACCCCAGACAAUGCCGACCUGACUCCCAUGCGCCCGGCAUGGGCCUACGUCUUCUACGACACUACCCCGGGGGCUCUUAACCCAGGACGUGCCGAGGACCUGGCCCGCUCUAUCUUCGACGGCACCAAAAACAACCGCAGCUCUGACGGACUGCCGGAAAGAAUCGAAGUCUUUGCCAUGCCUCUCCUACCUCUGUCCGAGACCGGGAGCCUGUUUUCCGCCGAGGAGCUGGGGCUUGACCUCAUCCUCUCAUAA